AUAGCUACCCUAUUAAGUCCGCCGUAACGUGGGGGCUGUCAAGGUAGGCUGUCACUGCUUCAGAAGGAUGAUGUCUCUGGGAGCUUUCGUCGUGAUCGGCAUUUUUGCCACCAGCAAUGCCUUCCUAUUUGGAGAUCCAGACUGGAACAACCUUAGAGUGACAUGGAGUCUGAAUCCGUUAGAUACCUUGGGAUUCAAUGCGAUGCCAAGAACAGUCGAUGAGGCUAAAGCUCAAGGGUUCGUAAUGGAUUCUGAUUGUGGAGAAAUUGCUGGUCUACAAGGAAAACGCUUUGUGAAAGGACGAGACUACGGCCUGGUUCUAGUGUACGAUAAGAAUGGGUACAUCGCUGGGAUCCAGAUAGGAGUACCGAAGAACGACAGCGCUGGGUUCCCUCCUGUCAACCAGAUUAACCAUCCGUUUGUGCUCGUGGGCAACACGUACUUCGUAACCGCUUACUUCACCAACCCAGCCACCAUCUGCAGCAUUGGUAGGACGGCGGCCCAGUACGCCUCUCACGGUACUGGCGACUCUCUCUAUAUCCAGAACGGUACUGAUCCUGUCGCCGAUUCUUUGAAAAUCCCCAUGGUCGAGACGGACGUCUCCACUACCAAGUGGACGAAAGGACAUUGCUUUGUCUCUAUGGGUAUGCAUUACUGGUAUGACGUGAAAGCCGACAUGUCAUGUGACGAUUUCUUCCCUGUCUUCCUGCUGUACAAUCAUGGCAAGCUGAACGCUUUUGGCUGGGCUCUCGGUAGGGCUAUGGACACUACCCGAUAUCCUUAUUUGGAACAUCCCUCGGGUAACGUCAUCAAGAGCUUCAUAAACCCUGUACCUCACUGCUUGGUGGCUAAACCUGCGCUGUCUACCUUACACAUCUAUUUGACCAACAUUCCCUUGGCAGACACAUGCUAAUUGGCGCUUGCAGAUAUUCUUACGAUUGUAAAACUAGUAUGACUUAUUGUGUCUCAUAAUUAUUCUAAUUUUAAUCAACAAGCCUGUACAUUUAUCGGUAAUUUACGCCUAACAUGACGUUACCUUCUGAUAUAUACUUUUCGAAGUGGUAAAUUUAUAAGGAAUGCGUCAUCUCGAUAUUGUCAACAUACCAGAGAGGUUGAAGAACUUCGAUGCAGUUAGAAGAUACGAUAUGUUUACUGCAAUAAAAUCCUAAAGUAAGUCGA